AUGGUCUCCAUGGGGAUGCAGUUGCUGGGUAGCACCAUGGCCCUGCUUGGCUGGAUCGGGGUCAUUAUUGUCUGUGGCGCGCCCAUGUGGCGUGUGACCGCCUUCAUUGGCAACAACAUCGUGACCUCCCAGACCAUCUGGGAGGGGAUCUGGAUGAGCUGCGUGGUCCAGAGCACCGGCCAGAUGCAGUGCAAGGUCUACGACUCCAUGCUGGCCCUCAGCAACGACCUUCAGGGGGCCCGUGCCCUGGUCGUGGUGUCUAUUGUCACUGGGAUCACCGGCCUCCUCAUGGCCUUUGCCGGCGGCAAGUGCACCAACUUCAUCCCUGAGGAGCGAGCCAAAGCCAGGGCCACGGUGACGGCCGGCGUGGUGGUGAUGAUCAGCGGGAUCCUCUGCCUCAUUCCGGUGUCUUGGACCGCCAGCAUCGUCAUCAAGGACUUCUACAACCCGAUCUUGGUUGACGCCCAGAGGAGAGAGCUGGGGGCUUCUCUCUACAUCGGAUGGGGGGCUGGAAUACUGCUGCUGGUGGGAGGGGGGAUGCUGUGCGCCAACUGCCCCUCCAGGGAUGAUAAAGCCCCCUCUGUAAAAUACUUGCUGGCUCAGUCGUCAGGGGGACGCAGCAAAAAGGACUCGGUUCGAUCUUCCACGCCGACAAAGACUUACAUUUGA